ACCACUUCGACCCAAAAACCACGACCACAGCAACCAAUUAACAGAAAACUGAUGGAAAACAACAGCCGACGAACUCAACCGAGCUCAUUACCAUUCUUGAUCCUCAUCGGACUACUCUUCUACUUCUUCUCAAACUCAACCAACUCAAACAACCAAUCCCAAUCGAAGAGACAACUAGAACGAAGACUCGAACAACGAAACCAUGAGCUCAUCGGACUAAAACAAUACUACAACACCAACAACACUAGCACACUCCCGAUCACCCCUCAACUGAGCUACCAUCCCAAUCGAACAUUCGGAUCCCAGAGCCUAACCAAUGCACAGCGAUUCAUUCAACAGUGGUACCAACAACUAAGCGACCGAUCGAAUAUCGAAACUCAAGCCAUAUACUGGAAGAAUAUCUCAGGCCAUAUCAAGGGACACUGGAGAUGGAGGAAGGAGAGUCUAGAAUGGUGGCCAGAAUCAGCCAACAAGAGCUCUCCUGCAACAAACUCAUCAGCAUCAUCUCCUCUCGAUUCAUUCGAGACUCGCCGGGGUAACUUCCCCUGGACCCCACCCAAAAACACACUCAAUCAAUCCAUCACCAACAAAUGGACCUAUCCAUCCGCUCAAAAGAUCGACUUCAACCUCCGUGAAUCCUCACCCGAACUCAUCCGAGCAAAUACUUCCAUGGUCAGAGGGUCGAUGUAUAUCUCGUCCGGUGACUCUAAGGAUAUCAUGCUCGAAAUAGAGGGAAUCCACUUACAGAACGAGGGAAAGUUUUAUCUACGAGCCUAUCCGAGUCGAAUGUAUCUAGACACCCGAAUCCACCUCUCAUCAGCUAUCGACAUCCCAAACAAAUACCUCGUCGAUCACCCACAUCUCAAUCAAUCCUCACCCAACCCUUAUCCGCCAUCCCCUCAACAACUCCAGAUCACUCAAGCUAUCAUCGCCGAUUACGAACAUCGGAUCGAAAAGAUCAAGAAAAUCUUGAAGAAGGGCGACUUGCCUCGCGAAAAUGAUGAGAGAGACGGAUUUGAGCAUGAUGUAGCCAACUGUACUUUCUUGAUCUAUGGAGGCUUGACCCCAUUAUCGACGACAACGACGCAAACGGCAGAAAGCUUAAUGGAGUAUGAACGAUCAUUGGUGGAGCCCACAGGGGCAUCCCUGACCGUCCCUUCGCCCGGCCAUCCGAUCUUACAGACCUUGAUGGUCUCGCCCAACUGCGGCCUAGUCCUCGAAUCCGGAGAGAUGUCCGUCCUCCUCGGCCCCUCCUUUUGGUCCAAAACUAGGAACUACGGCUGGGUUGCUGGCCUCGUCUUGGGCCUUCAAUGUUGGCUGCUCGUUUGGCAAAUGGACAGUCGUCAGAGUCCUUCGAGUUUAUCAAGGAUGUCAUACUUCUCAUUAGUGGCCCAAAUCAUUAUGGAUGCUUGGACGUUUUCGAGUCAUCUGACAUUAGCAGUCGUGACGAACAACAGCUCGACGGAGACACUACUGGUGCCGGCAUUCUUUGCCUGUCUGAAUGCGAUCCUGUUCGGGAUGCGAUACGGCGCCCUGAUCCGGAUCCACGAGCCCUCCCCCACCGCCGAUCCCGCCAAUCGCUCGCAGGCUCCAGUGGAAGACUCCCACAUCGGCCGCGACACUGACUACGUACAGCUCUCCCUCCGCGUCAAUCACGCUUCCGAAGCCUGCUCAACUCCCUCAAGAGUUUACUUGCACAUCGUCCACUUGUUGGCAACCACUAGUGCUCUCGAUCCUAUUCUCUUAUUGGAUUCCGCAGAUCGUUCAUAA